UUAUAUUUAUCUCAGUGUUUAUAUUCUAUUCACCAGUGAUCAACUGAUGAGUACAAUUUCUCGAAAAAAUUCUUUUUUUCUAAUUUCAUCUAUUCGUGCUACUCUUUUUCACAUCAAGCAUGUCUAACGUUGCAGGUUCCUCAACUGGUGCUGUAUCUGAUCUAACUAUUGAAGUGGUGAAAGGAUGGAGUACUGGACGACUUAACGAAUUUUUGAAAGCGAGGCUAAAGGAUAUUGAUGUUCACAUAGAUACUAUCACUGAUACUCAAAAAGUUGAUGGUGAUUCUUUUCUUGAGUUAGCUGCUGUGGAUUUUGAAAGGUGGGGUGUACCAGGUGGGCCAGCAAAAAAAAUCGAAAGGUUGAUUAAAGAGAUUCAAGGAGCUCACCAACCAUUAGAGCCCAAUAGAAAAAGACUGAAAACUUCGGAAGCAUUGAAGAAGACAUGGAAAGUCAACAGCACAUUACGAGAAACUGACUGGUCUUCCCAUUAUUUUGUGGAUCCAGCAGGACAAGAACAACAGGAUUUACUAUUUAGGAAAAUCGAGGAAUAUUCUUUCAUAAUGUUAUAUGGAACACGGGCGUCUGGAAAGUCCACGCGCGUGAUGAGAGCAAUAUCAGUAUUGGAAGAGUCAAGUUAUGUGUGCAACUACUUAUCUUUCGAGCAAAUUAUCGAUUAUGCCGGAGGCUUCUGGAAUUCACUCGGCACAAAUAUCUCUAUUUAUAAACGCUCUAGUGAAUACUUGGAAUCCUGCACAGAUAUAAAAACUGCUGAAGAUUUCCUUCGUUAUUUUAGCAUAACAGGCUGGAAAGAAAAAGAAAAGAAUCCUGAUGCUCGUAUUAUUCUUUUUUUUGAUGAAUUCGAUAGAAUAUACAAAAUGGAUGAACGUCUUCGCACCGAUUUCCCGGGAAUUCUUCGCGCUAUCAGGAAUAAUAUUGAUUCCUAUGUUAUUCAAGCUAUCGUCGUAAUUGGUACAUUCAGCAUCCUGCAUCUCGAUUCAAGCACACAGCCAACUUCACCCUUCAAUAUUAGGGACUCGGUACGUAAUCCAAAUUUUGAUCUGGAGCAAGUACGAGUGUUGUUCAGAGAGUUCGAAGAGGAAAAUAAAAUGAAAUUUGAAUCGGGGAUCAUCGAGGACAUCUUUGAACAGACUAAUGGGCAUGCAGGCCUUGUUUGUAUUUGUGGGCGUGCAAUUGAAGACAACCUGCUCAGAGAACUAAAUGAACAAAUCUUAAACUAUAAAACGUGGGAACGUUACAAAGUCAGUUUUUUAAUGAAUGCGAUUGUUGAUUACGUAACAUUCCGAAAUUUGGUCCGAACUCUCCUGAAUCCCGAAGCUAAGAAUGCAGUGAAUUUUUUUCGGAAUCAUUUUUUAGUAGAUUUCGGACAUGAAAUUAACGUCACUACUGACAUAAAUAGUGCAGAAUACCUAGCUUAUGAAGGUGUUCUGUUUGCUGUCAAAUCAUUUGACAAGGAUAUCAUUAGUCUUGCGAGCUUCCGUUCAUUCAAGACUGCUAAAGUGCGGGUCAAUGGUAAGCGAAACCAACACGUUCCUAGAGAAAGCGUUUACGACGCAGAGCUAUAUCGAAUCUUACGAAAUUGGCUUGGCGUAGCAAACUUUGAAGUCACUGGCCAAUGGCACCUUAUAUCUAAUGGCGACAAAAAACAUAGAUAUAGUGAUAUAGUAAUUGAUACGCCUUUUGACGAAAAAAUCGUUCUCGAGCUUUUGGCGACAGCAGAUACUAACGAUCUUGAUGAACCUUUUCAACGGGCUCUUGAUUAUGCAAGACUAUUCUCUGCGACUGAAACUUGGAUAGUUCAUUUCACAUGUGAAGAUAAUUAUGUGGAACAACCUCACUGGCCAUCCCGUUCUCAAUUACAAACUAAUCUUAAUGUUGCACAUUUUUAUCACGAUCAUUUAUUUACAAAAAUUAAUUUAAUCGCAGGAUGGUGGAGUAAUCGUAACAACAAAAUGGUUAUUUAUGAGUAUUCUACUGAAAUAUAAUAUUUGGAAAAAAAUAAAUUUAUUUUUAUAUUAUUGUAUAUCACAGCUAUAGAUAAUGUAUCAAAAAACAUAAUAUAGAUAGUAUUAACUAGUUUGCGUUAUGAAAAGU